UGCAUGAACUGCGAGCGGAAUCACCUCCCAGACCACGAGAACUUUGUGCUUCCCCAGGAAUGCUUGCUUUAUCAUCAGAUCGACGCAAGAGCAUUACGUGAACGCAGAGCCAGCCAUGGGCGACGGCAAGCUCCUCAACAGCUUCUUGGCCUUGUCGCUCUUCUUCGCGCUCUGCCCACCUUCCACCGUCUCCCGGGACGCGGUGAGAGAUCGGUACGAGGGUUGGAUCGCUCGACAUGGCCUCACCUACAAGGACAAGAAGGAGAAGGAGCAGCGCUUCAAGAUCUACCAAUCCAACUUCCUAAAGAUCAGCAAGUUCAACGCCGAGGACCAUGGCUACAAGCUCACUGACAACAGGUUCGCGGACAUGACGAACGAGGAAUUCAGAGCCAAGCAUAUGUGCUUGACCGACGACCCACAGACUCCUCCUCCUCCUGUAAAGGUGGUCCCCGAGCACCUGGAUUGGAGGAAAAAGGGAGCCGUCACCGGUGUUAGGAACCAAGGUCAAUGCGGGUCUUGUUGGGCCUUCUCCGCGGUGGCAGCGAUCGAGGGAAUCACCUACGUCAAGACCGGCAAACUGAUUCCGCUGUCGGAGCAAGAGCUGGUGGACUGUGACAUCAACGGGAAAAACCAUGGUUGCAGUGGAGGGUUCAUGCAAAAUGCCUUCGAGUUCGUCCGAAGCAACCAUGGGUUGACUUCCGAGUCCAAGUACCCUUACAAAGGCUUCCAGGAAGAGUGCAGAGGCAACCAACUCCACGACCAUGUCUCCACCAUUUCCGGCUACAAAGCCGUGACCGCCAGGAGCGAGCACAGCCUGUUGGAGGCCGUGGCGAAGCAGCCGGUGUCGGUGGCAAUAGACGCCGGCGGAUUCGGCUUCCAGUUCUACUCGCAUGGCAUCUUCGACGGCCCCUGUGGGUCGAGUCUCAACCAUGGCGUGUUGGCGGUCGGAUAUGGAACCACGGAUAAGGACAUGUUCUGGAUCGUGAAGAAUUCAUGGGGUGCAGGUUGGGGAGAAGACGGCUACAUCAGGAUGAGCCGUGAUGUCUUGGACUCCGAAGGCUUAUGUGGGAUCGCCACGAGAGCCUCUUAUCCCACAAAGUAGUAUGCCCUCUUCCCAUGGCAAUAAAAUCUGGAAGAAGACCCACCAUCG